GAGCUUAACAGGGAUAAAAGGACAUCGUUAAGCCUCGGUCUCCUUUUUCCCCUCCUAACUGGGCAGUUGUUUUGCGAGGUGAGGGCCGGUCUGAGGGGGAGGAGGCAGGCAGCAUCCCAGCAGCGGCCAGGGAGGCAGUCCAGGAGUGGCUAAGCAGAUAGCCAAGGGACAGAGAAGACAGAUUAAUACACUAAAGCCAAAACUCCAGGAAUUGAGAACUCACCCAUUUCAAAUCAGGGGCAGGGAGAAAAGGGAGGAGAGAGAGGGUAAGAAUUAGAGAGCAAAAGGGUGAACUGCUGGACUUCUCAUCCCGCUGGGGCUUUGGGUCUGCUUCAGGGCUUUUAGGUACGCCCAGGGGCUCGGGGUGAAAAGCAAGCAAUGGCCGUGGCAGGGUGUGUGCAGCCGGCCGACUGGAGCGGGGUAGAAGAGGACCCCCAGCCGGCCCGGCCCAGCCUGACCUCCAUCUCUUCUGGGGAGCUGCGGAGCUUGUGGACCUGUGACUGUGAGCUGGCCCUGCUGCCCCUGCAGCAACUUCUGCACAUGCAGCCGAGCUUCUUCCAGCUGCUGGGAGACCAGCUCCUGGUCCUGGGGCCUAGGCCUCAGGAGGCUCCACGUGGGGGCUUCAACGUUUUCUGCGACGGAUUCGUGCGCUUGGACGGACGUCUCUACAGAGUCAGCAACUACUUAAAAAGGUAUGUGGAACUGACCAACUAUUGUGAUUACAAAGACUACCGGGAAACUAUAUUGAGCAGACCAAUGCUGUUCUUCAUUAACGUCCGAACAGAAGGAGAUUCCUCAAAAGAAAAGACAUAUGCAUUUCUUGUGAAUACACGACACCCCAAGAUCAGAAGACAGAUUGAGCAUGGGAUGGAUACAGUCAUUUCCUCAGUGAUUGGAGAAAGCUACCGACUUGAGUUUAAUUUUCAAGAAGUGGUCAAGAAGUUUUUUCCUCCAGGAAAUGAAGUGGUUAAUGGAGAAGACUUGAAUUUUGUAUAUGAAUUCAAAGCUGAUGCCUUAUUUGAUUUCUUCUACUGGUUUGGCCUCAGCAAUACCACAGUUAAGAUUAAUGGAAAAAUCCUGAAUUUGUCUAGCACUAGCCCAGAAAAGAAGGAAACGAUAAAAUUAUUUCUGGAAAAAAUGAGUGAACCUCUUAUCAGAAGAAGCAGUUUCUCAGAUCGGAAAUUUAGUGUUACUUCUAGAGGCUCUAUAGAUGAUGUUUUUACCUGCAGUCUGUCACCUAGAUCAUCUUUGACGGAUCCUCUUCUAGCAGAAUUUCCAAUUUCAGCAGUCUUGGAAUCCGAAGAGAGACCCAACAAAUUCAUCCGAUUUGUGUAAAAUGGAGUUUUUCAAACUGAAAACCAUGUGCCUAGACUUUGGAGUCACAGGCAGGGGUGGUGGGAAGAGAGGGCCUUCUCCCACUUUUUGUCCUCUUUUAUUUCUUUAGGAGAAGUCAGUCCUUCUCCAACCACCUUCAUUAAGACCCCCAUAGAGGGACUUUUUUGUUUAAUUUUCUAUCAGAUGUGAUAACCCAGCAGCUCUGACAACUGAAUCAUUUUAGAGAUGUGCUCACCAGGGCUGAGAACAUUCUCCUUUAGGCCUGUGGGACAAGCUGUGCUUUUGGCAACCACAGCCUGCUUUCUCUAUCUUGUGGCUGGACAUUUUCUGAUUUAUUUUGUGGAAAUCAUCAGAACAAGAGGCAUCCCGGCCAUGCCAAACAAAAGAGCACUGGAUUUACUUGGUGACUGGGAAUAUUCCUACCUUAAUCCCAAUUUAGCAGGUUUAUGGUAACCACUAUGGCAAUUGGUACUCUGUUUUUAUAAAGCUAGAAGUGGGUUAAAUCCUUUCACACCAAAAGAUAGGAGUUUAACUUCUUUGUCACUCAUGUAAAAUAUCCAAGCUGAUAAAUCUUCUGGAGGAUUAGUUAGUUUGAUGGAGAAGGUAACUGUACCCCUGUUUGAAAUGUGAAUUCCUGGGAUCUCCCCAAGUUCAAAGUGAUCUGGGUAGUUCAGGAGGUAGGAUAGUAGAAAAGAAUGUUGGAUCUGGAAACAGGAGACCUGGUUUCAAGUCAUAGCUCUGCUUCUUACUACUUGUUUUGUGAUAUUCUCUGGAUCUUAUUUUCCUUGUCCGUAAAGUGAGGAGACUGGAUUGGGUAGCCCCUAAGAAUCUUCCAGUUCGAAAUAUAUGAUCUUGAAAUCCUAUGAAGCUGGGUGAUUGAUAUCUGGUGCUGCAUUAUGAAAAUAAUGAAUAAUUUAAUUUACUCCUUCAUUCACAGCAGUGCAUGUUUGUUAUUUUCCUUCUUUGAAAGAGCUUGUGGCAAUCAGAAUACUAGAAACUGAAUGGAAGAAGAGUUCUCUUUGUCACAAUGCUUUUUAAUGGCAAAAACAAACAAAAAACUCAAACCAAACCAAACAAAAGAAUUGCAUUUGAGAUUUGAGUUAAGAUCAAUUCAAUUCAAUAAACAUUUAUUAAGUACCUCCUAAGUGUGCUGUACUAUACAAAGCAGUAUGGAUACAGUUAAUAAAAAGAAAGAAUUCCUGCUCUCAAGGAGGUUACAAUCUAAAGUGGGAAAUAAUAGACAAAAGAAGGUAGAAAAGGGUUGGGGCAGGACAGGGGACAACCAGCAGAAGCAUCUUGUGCCUUGAAGUAGAUACCAGGCAGGACAAUGGAUGUAAAUUAGAUUGAGUUGAUUUUCAGGCCUAUAUAAUGGAAGGCAUUAGGAUAACUUUGCUAUUACCCCUCCAACACUCCAAUCUGAGGAGAGAGAAGGAUAAGGGAAGUGGUGUUAAUUAAGGCUUGCAUUAGCAGCAUGGUGGUAAGAUUAGAAGUGAUGAGUUUAUCCAGGGAGAGACUUGGAACCAUGCCAGAGCAGAGGAUACAAUCAUCUCAAAGGAUAAAAAAAAAAUCAAUCAUCAACAACUACAUAGAUAUAUUGUUAUAGAUGCUUGUGUUCAGGACAUAAUUGUGUUUCAAACUUUUUCUAUAAUCUAUUGGCUUUCUUUUACCAAUUUGGACACUCUGGAUAACAUUACUGAUGGUUUCUUUUGUUGGUAUACACUCAGCCAAGUGCAAUUAAGUGAUUUUCUUAGCAUUUAAUAUGAUAAUUAUUAAAUUGGUUGCCCUCUUUCCCACUAGAUUAUUAUUUAGCAGAUAUCCACUGAGUGCCUGCUAUGGGCAAGGUACUGUGUUGUUGACAAGCGUACUUCUUCAGUGACUUGAUGAAAUACCAUGUGCUUCUUUGUGCUUCCUAAACAGCUGGGGACCUUCUUGACUUGAUGGGAAAUUAAACAACCAGAAGAAACAUUUUUCGGAAUGGGAUUAGCAGGUAGAAGCAAAACAAGACGUGGAACUCCAUGGCAAUGGGUCUUUAGGGGAAACUGAAAGAAAAUGGUAUAUAAUAACCAAAGGGGAUAAUUGCUCUUCACAGAAUUCUAAUAGAAUUGUACUUUCAUUUGUGUGCUGAAGUUUGAAGUCUUUAGUAAUUAAGGAAAAAAAAAACAAGUUUCAAUUUAAUUCAAAAAGCUUUUUUAAAGAAUAUGCUUUAAAAAAAGAAUAUACUAUGUACUAGGCAUUGUUUUAGGCACUAAAGGAAUACAAAGACAAAAAUGAAAUAAUUCCUGUUCUCAAAGAUCUUAUGUUCUACUAUAUUGAACAAAACAUAAUCUAAAACAUAUGUAUUCCUUACUUAUAAUUAUAUUUGUCCAGUUUUCCAAUGAUAAUGACAGCUACCUUCAAUAAAGGAACACCUUUUUUUUUUAAAUCUGAAGAAAAACAGCAAAAAAAAAAAAUCAUAGAUUUAAAUGUUAGAAGAUCUUUAUGUUUAAUCCCUUUAUUUUACAGAGGAAGAGAAAAAAACCCCACGAUGUACCACCUACUUUACAAAUAUUAUUUCAUUUUAUUCUCACAAAAUCUCUGGGAAAUAAGUAUUAUUAUUACCUUCAUUUUACAGUUGAGCCUGGACCAGAGUCAGGAAGAUUCAUUUUUGCUGAGUUCUAAUCUAGCGUCAGACACUUACUACUGGUGUGACUCUGGGCAAGUCACUUUACUCUAUUUGCCUCAGUUUUUUCAACUGGGAACUGGAGAAGGAAAUAGUGAAUCAUUCCAAUAUCUUUGAAAAGAAAAGCCCAAAUAAGGUCACAAAGAGUUGGACACAACUGAAAUGACUGAACAACAAUAAUAAAACAACAAGUCAACAGUGACCUAAGUGGCCUUUAAUAUCCAAGUAACCUAAUUAAUACUUUAGUCCAAAAAUCUGUAAUACAUGUGACCUGAUACAAUGUAUCAUCAACCUUGCAGAAUAUAUUCUAACCAUUUUUGCCAAGACCUUUAGAUGUUAUAGCACUAGGCUUACAACUGAGUUUGGAUGACCCACUUUUUCUCAAUACGGACCAUACUGUAUUUAACUGUUACUGAAUUCAGUGGCCAAUUGUUCAUUUUUGAAUGUAUAUUGUAUCUUGUGUACUAAUGAUUAAAUAAUGAAAUAAAAAUUCACAUUCCUUUUUGAUUCAGAA